UGUUAAUCGGCAAUCGGCAAUCGAUACGCUGAUCCGCUAGUCGGGGCAUUCUAGAAUGCGUGUUUGUUUAGAUUCGUUUUUGGGGCGUGUUGUUCACUCCGUGCCGCAGGGAUCCGUCUUCUACGCCGUAAUAUUCCUUAUUGACGUCUUUCUUUUCCUGCUCCUCUUCUUCUUCUUCUCUUCGUCUCUUCUUCUCUCCGGCAAAACAAGAGCAACGACAAGAAAAAACUACCACAAUGCGCAUACCAACCCCGACCCAUACACUCGCCAUCCUCGGCACCAUCAGCCUCACCGCCCACGCAUCAUCCGCUUCCCCAAACACCACCACAACCACAACCACAAGCACAAACAACACAAACACACCAAUGACCUGCCAAGAAAUCCUCAUUCCCGUCUCCGCAACUGCAGACAACAUCCUCCUCCCGGACGGUCUAGACUGGCGCACUGCUACUGACGCGGUGUUGCAGGGUAAUGUGACGGGAUCGACGAUGGCGAGGACGAGGGUAGGGGGUGAGUACGUGAUUGCGGGGCGGUACUGUGAGCCUGUGGGUGUUGUGGAUGAAGGGGAUGGGGAUGCGCAGCAGAGGAAGAAGAGGGCGGAGACAUUGCAGGUCCUUGUGCACGGGGCGACGUAUACGAAGGACUACUGGUCCGGCCUCGCACCACCACUCAACCCAAACACCCCCUUCGCCCAGGCCAAAUACUCCUACAUCCACGCCGCCGCCCACGCAGCCUUCCCCACCCUCUCCCUCGACCGCCUCUGCAACGGCGCCUCAACCCACGCAAACGCCCUCCUCGAAUGCCAAAUCCCGCUCCAAGCCGCGACAAUCGCCCAGAUCCUCGCCUCUGCGCGCCGCGGCACCCUGCCCAUUUCCGCUGCCCAAAGUCCAAAUUCAAACCAAGCCCAACCACACCACCGCCGUCAGACCCAGACCCAAACCCGCACCUUCACCUCCCUAAUCCUAACCUGCCACUCCCUCGGCAGUCUCAUCUGCAACGCCCUCUCCGCCACCUACCCCUCCGCCGCCGACGCCCUCGUCCUAACAGGCUACACGCCCUUCCUCGCCGCCGGCCUGUCCGGCAUCGCCACACACCCGCUCUUUCUCCCUGCUCCGGACAAACCCCUCGGCUACCUCUCUGCCACCCGCGAGGCCGGGGCAGAAUACCUCUUCUACGCGACAUCCUACGACCGUGUGGUCUCGCACUACGAUUUCACGCAUCGAGGCAGCGUGACGGUGGGGGAGAUUGCGAGUGUGGGGUUGGGGCAGGUUGAUGCGGGGGGGUUCCGGGGCGCGGUGUUGGUGUUGAAUGGGGAUGAGGAUGCGGUUUUCUGUCAGCGGGUGGGUGUUGUUGGGCCGGUUUUUAUGGCGAGGGGUGAGUGUGAAAAAGGGGGGUUUUCGGAGGCGGUGCGGGGGUUGUAUGGUGGGGCGAGGGCGUUUGCGGUUGUGAAUUUGGGGGGGACCGGGCAUUGUGUUAAUAAUCACUACACGGCGGAGGAGGCGUUUGCGAGGGUGAAUGGGUGGUUGGGGGAGGUUGGGUUUUGA